GUGCCUCAUUGCAUCUCGCUGUCUACCGACCAAGACGACGAUGAUGGAUGAGGAAAAUUGCUUCGAAAAUCGUAUACGAUAAACACAACAAUUGCAGUCGGCAACAGAAGAAUAUCGCGACGGUCUUCCUUGUUCGAUUUUUCAGUUCUUACCAAUCCUUGUAGGAAUUAAUUAAGUUCCGCUUAACACAACCAGACAGUUGAAGUCUUCUGUGAGAUAAAGUGAGAAAAUAAACAACCUUCCUCUGCGUCUGACCGACUCGCCACCGUCAUGCUUUGAGUGUCUGAGGGAUCCCCCGCACACCUGUUCUGUUCGCGAAAAAAAAGCAAAGUGCGCGAAAAGAACCUCGCGUAUUUAUUCAGUAGUUAGGUUCGCGUGCUUCGGCUAGCCGCGCCGUCGACAACAAUUUAACGACAAGCGUGGCGACGAACAGCCAACACAAUGCAGGAAUGGUUGAAAAUUUCGCUGAUGCUGUGCACGUUUGGCUUUUUCCGGGAGAUGCGUCCCUCGGAACCAUUCGUCACCGAGUUUCUGUCGGGCGAGUGGCGUGACAUUGAGCCGGAGCAGCUGAACCGCGAUGUGUACCCCAUCGGCACGUACAGCUAUUUGGGGCUGUUGGUGGUGGUGUUCCUCGUGACGGACAUUCUACGCUACAAAUCGAUUAUAAUAUUUUCCGCUUGCGUCGGAAUCGUUAUAUGGUCUAUGCUACUAUGGACUACCUCAUUGGCCGCAUUACAGGCAGUCCAAGUCUUGUAUGGUACCUUCAUGGCAGCCGAGGUGGCAUAUUACACCUACAUCUACGCAAAGAUUAGCCGCGAUAAGUAUCAACAGGUAACGGGAAAUACUCGAGCAGCCAUCCUCAGUGGUCGGUUUUUGGCAAGCGUUCUUGGACAGGCACUUGUUUCCACCGGCGCCAUGAAUCUCCGGGAGCUGAACUACAUCACGCUGGGCGCGCAAGCGUUUUCUCUGCUCUGGUCGUUUAUUUUACCAUCGGUCAAAAGCAGCAUCUACUUCUACUCGGACGACAGCGACAGCAGCAAAGGUCACACAAAUCCCGGCUACGAGGGGGCUCAAGACGAAAUUGAAAAUGAUAGCCGAGGUCCCAGAACAAUUUCAGAGUUGAGCCCCAACCGUACCGUCACAGGUAGCGACAUAAUCGACAACCAAACUAAAUCCGAUGUUGAUCUAACCUCUGCGGUGGUAGCCGUCGGCAGUGAGGAAAGUCGCAAAAUCCGGCACUCGGACGACAGCAGCACUUCAAAGGUUCGAUUUUCGUGCCACCGAGCUGGUCAUUUGCUGUGGACUCACUUCAGGUUGGCAUAUUCGAACCUCACGAUAGUGCAGUGGAGCUUGUGGUGGUCACUGGCCAUGGCCGGUUUCAUACAGGUGCAAACCUACGUACAACUUCUGUGGCAGCAAAUCGACCAAGAACAAGAGUACCUUUUCAAUGGUGGGGCGGAGGCACUGCUGACUCUGCUCGGGGCAAUCAGUGCGAUGGCGGCUGGGUACGUGGCCAACCGGAUCUUCGAGGAGUGGGCUCUGUGGAUUUUGACCGUCUGCUCCGCCCUGCAGGGUGGAUUGAUUCUGUACUCCGGCUUUUCUACAAAUAUUUGGGCAGCAUAUACUGUUUACAUUCUGUUCGGAGCGCUGUACAUGUUCAUGAUAACGAUGGCCAGUGCAACAGUGGCCAAAUAUCUACAGGAGGACAGCUUUGGAUUAAUUUUCGGCAUAAAUACGUUUGUCGCGUUGGCGUUCCAGACCAUCCUGACCGUGGUGGUGAUUUCCGAGUCCGGUCUGAUGCUGUCGCCGCGAGGGCAGUUCAAAGUUUACGGUGGCUAUUUCCUGGCCCUGGCCGUGGUGUAUCUCCUCCCAGCGACCGUUAGAAGCGUGCGGCACUGUUGCGGAAAGGGCGAAUCUGUUGUGGCGAGGGAGAACGUUGUUGGCGAUGAAAGCAUCGGAAAAGUUGAUCGUGUAGUGGCUCGGGAACAGGUGGAAACGGAAUGUUUCACCCGUUUUUAAUCGUCCUGUGUAAGUUAUUGUUGUUGAAAAGUGUGUAUGUUUGUCGUUUGUUAAAUAAAUGAUGUGAUACUGAUUAGAUAAAGCAAAAUAAAUUGCAUCGUCGAA